CACAGAACUUCGGCGUACUUUUGACCUUCCAUCUUGAUUAGUUCAACAUUUGCUACCCUUUUCCCCGAAGAACACCAUCUCCACAACCAGGGCAUAUUAUAUUAACAGUAACUUUGGAUUUGAAGCAAAGGGGUUAGGCUCAUUUAGCGAGAUCUAGAUCUAGUUAUUGAUUCGCAAAACUUUCAAAAUGGUCGUAGCAAGAAAGUGGAUUCAAACGAAAGCAUUUGAAGGCGCCGUAUCUUUAGACAACUUUCAGCUGGUGGAGGAAGAGUUGCCUGCCCUGAAGGCUGGAGGUAAGUACCGGUAGCAGUAGUAAUAACGCAUUUAAAAAAUUAUUUUACUUGACUUAGACCAACAUAAAUGAAACAUGUAUUAUUAUUUCUAAAACAAAAACUUUUAUUAGUGAGUACUAGUAAGCCUACUUAGGCCUACUAAUUUUACUUUAAAAAUGUUUUACAGUAUUACAAUUCAAGCUAUAUAUAUAUUAUAUGGUAUAUAAUAUAGUCUAUAUUUAUAUACUAUAUAGUAUAUAUUAUAUAGUCAUAUAGUCUAUAUACUUUAUAUUUAUAGGCAUAGGCCAGGCCUAUCAUACUCAUAGGCCUACUAAUACUAUUUAAUGUAGAAUUAGAUAUGAUUAUGAUAUUGAUUGAUACUAUGACAUAGCCUAAUACUAAUAAGUAUUUAAUACUUAAUACUUAUACUAAUUUUAAUACUAAUUAAUUAGUUAAUUAGUAAGCCUAAACCUAAGCCGCUUAGGCAGGUUACACUUUACUAAAAUAAUUAUAUUGUCUUUAUCUGAACUAUAAUUAUAAUAUCAUAUAAAUGGCCUAAGCCCUGUCUGUAACUGUAGAAUGAACUAGGCCCAUAUUCAUAUGCCUAUUAAAAUUAAAGGCUAUUAACUGACAAAUAGAUCUAAAUAUGACUUAAAUUUAUAUUUAACUUUUAUUAUUAAUAAUAAUAAUAGUUAGUGUUAGGCCCUAACUAAUACUCACAAAUAUAGACUAUAGAGUAUAGAUUAAUGGCUUGAGGCCACUUAUGGGCUAAGUUAUGGGAUAUUAUUUAUGCCAUGCUUCAGGAUUCACUAAUUUAAUCCUGCGCCUGCAUUAAUCAUUAACAGAUAUUACAUCCUCAGUUGGCAGUGUAUCUAACUCUAACCAUUCUUAAAUAAUGAAUUAAAAUGUAAAUAAAUUAUAAAUAGUUAAUUUUUCAUCAUUAUUAUUUAAUUAAAUGAAUUCAUUUAAUUUGUAUCAAUUGUAAUCUGCUGAAAUUAUUUGGUUUUUAACAAUUCAGUUUUGUAACAGAGGUUUUUAAGUCUUUAGCUUUAAACUGUGACAAUAAAUUAAAAAACUUUGCGUGAAAAUAUAAUUGUAAAUAUUAGUUUUAAGCCCCUAAAUCCUUAGGCUCUAUUACUAAGCCCCGGACUAAUUGUAAUUUAAUAUACCUGCCAAACGUACAAAUAUUGGGGUUUUUUUUAAAUGCUAAAGUCAAUUGACCUGGGUUCAUUAAAAUGCAAAUUUAGUAAUUGAAUUAUCUAUUAAAGUAUUUUUGAUCAUUUUGCACAUUACUAGAAAAUCCAGCACUACCAUAAUGGGUGUGGAUUUUUAUAAAAUAGGAUAGGAUAAAAAAAAAUCAGAAUUUUUUGGAAAAAAAUCAUGACAUCUGACCACCUUAUUUGUUUCUUUUCUGUUUUUUACAGAAAUCUUAAUAGAGGCAUUAUAUUUGACAGUUGAUCCAUAUAUGAGGUAAUUUCAAAACAUUAAAAGUUAAAGUAAGCCCUAUCAGUACAGUAAUUAAUCAGUGUACUUAAUUUAAAUGAGGUACCCAGGUAUCCCAUCCAGAAAUUGUUGAGUAAAUGAGAAAAAAUUUAUUAGUGCUGCUAUAGGCCCUACUAGUUUAUAGUUUUUUGGAUGGCUCAAUUUCUUAAUUUUAUUAUUGUAAUUUGCUUUGUGUCGUAAAGUCUUGAUAAAAAUAUUAUAAUUUAAUCACAUUAUUUCAAAAGAAUUAUGAAAAGAACAUCCUAAGUUGUUUUUUUAAGAAUUAAAUAUGAUACAUUUAUAGUGGAAGUUUAAGUGUUUUUCAUAAUUUUUGUUUGAAUGUUCUACAGAGUUUUUCCAAAACAAGUUGACAAAUCUCCUAUAGGACAACAAAUAGCAAAGUAAGGCAUUAAAGUAAACAAUUUUUGAUUACCGGGUAUUACAUGUAUCUUAAACCAUAACAAGGAGGAACAAUAUGAAGGCAUUAAUAAAUAUAUCCAUACUGAAACAUUUUUAAAUGUAUCCUGUAAAUGAAUAGAAAAAUGCAAUAUAAUUUUAGGUCUAUAAAGAAACAAUCAAUACAGGAAUGCAUACUAUCACAGUUAAAUAAAUCUACUUUUGGCCAUUUAGCUGGCAGUAUUUUAAAUGUAAUAGCAAUUUUCAGUUAAUUUUUUUCAGAUUUCAUAACAGUUUUGUUUAAUACCUCAAUUACAUAAAAAAAAAUCAGCAGCUAAAACUUCCAGGGUAAACAUUUUGUUUUGAUCGUCUUGAUCUUUUCUGAAUAUGUCUAUCAAACUCUUUGAAAUUAGACCCUUUGAAUUUUUUUUUGCUAGCAAUAUGACACUGAAGUAACUAAUACUUGAAGACCUAUCAGCUAAGAGUACUGGAUUUAAAAAAUGCCCAUUAUGAGAUAAUCCAAUUUAAAUAUUCUUUUUGUCUAUAAAAUUUAAUCAUUCUUAUUUUUUGGCUUUUUUAAAUAAGGGACUUAAUUACAUUUGAAAGUGUUCAAAUGUUUGCUGUAUAGUUGGCUAAACCGGAUAAGAAAAGGUCACAGUUAAGAUUGAUGUUGACAAAAAUUUGACUUAAGUACAGUUCUUUAAGCACUAGGUUCUUCACUUUUUCUCUUUCAUAAUACAACAUUUUUUUUCUUCAGAGUUGUUGAUAGCAAAAAUGAUAAGUUUCCCAUUGGUAAGAUUGUGCUGGCUAUGGUUGGCUGGAGAGACAAGACUGUUCUGGACCCUGACCAAGAUAACCCCUAUUACGUUACACGAUUCACGCCAAAGAAAACACUUGUUGAAAUCCCCAAUGUUGGUGACGUCCCUUAUUCUCUCUACUUAGGUAUUUUGGGUAUGCCAGGGUGAGUUUAAUCAAUACAAAACCUUUAUUUCAUCACGUUUUAUCAAAGGUGGUUGCUAUAUCAUUUGUAGGGAUUAAACCAUAUUAUUAAGAUUUUUGUUUCAGUAAUACAUGGGCUCAUAGAGUAGAAAGUGAUAUUUUUAUAAUUGAUUUAAAUGACUGUCUACUGUGGAAAAAGUGUCAUGCUAAAUUAUAUCAAUGCCACACUUUUUCAGAUUGACUGCAUACUUUGGUUUUUUGGAAAAAUGUCGUCCUAAACCUGGAGAUGUAGUUCUUGUUAGUGCAGCAGCUGGUGCUGUGGGCAGUGUUGUUGGACAGAUUGCUAAAAUUAAGGUAAACCAGAUUUAAUAUUGAUAGAUUUUUGGAACUUCCAAAUAUUUAGAUGCAGUUUUGUUUAAAAAGUAUGGAUUUAAGAGGAUAAAAAAGAAUGAAAUCAAGAAUUUGGUCAUAUUAUGAAAUAAAUGAAAAAAGUAAGGAAUUUGUAUUAUUUUCCUUAGAACAAAAUGACAUCUCCUGUUAUUUUGACACAAAAGAUGUAAAUAGACUUGUACAUGAUAGUGUAUUUUGCUACUUCAAUGAGGCUAUGGUCACUAUGGAUAUAUAUAAGACACAUAAAAUGGGUGAAGUGUAAGGAGGGGACAGGGAGGUUUUGCAUAAAUAUCAUAUCAAACAUAGUUCAAAAUUGAAAACAUCAAGACCUGCAGUAUCCCGAUAGCAAGCUUUAAAUUUUCAUUUUUAUAAAAACUGUUUUAGUCUUUUAUUUUUAUUAAAACCUUUUAAUACUGUUUGAAAAUUGCACAAUUUCUAAAUAAACAUUUGUCUGAUUUUUUUUUCUGUUGAUCUUUUAAAAAAAUGGUACUGUGACAUUCCAGGGCUGCACAGUAAUUGGCUCAGCUGGAAACAAAGAAAAAAUUGACUGGUUGAAAAGCAUAGGAUUCGAUUAUGUUUUCAAUUACAAAGAGACUGCGGUGGAGGAUGCCAUUAAAACAUUUGCCCCAAAUGGAAUAGAUUGUUAUUUUGAUAAUGUAAGCAGAAAAUCUGUUUGAUGUUCAGCUAUUUGGGGGGAUACUUUAUAGCAAACAUUUAAGUAUUAAUGAAAGCUCACAACAUUAGUAAAUUUCCCAAGCUAGACAACUAUUAAUUUUUGGUUUACUGGAAUACUUUGUGUAUUUGUAAAAGUAAGUUAGCUUAAUUUUUAUUUAUUUAUUAAAAAAAUUAUUUUUUUUUACAUUAAAUAAGAUUUAGAGAAAGAAUGAAAUUUCAUCUUUGUGUUUUUAAUUAUUAAUAUUUUUUGUGUAUAAUUAAAAUAUAUGAUUUAUCAAACAUAAAAACUAUUCACCAUGAUACAAAUGUUAGGUCGGUGGUGAAUAUGCUCUUAAAGUCCUUGAUGCAUUAAGCCCUUAUGGACGCAUGUGUUGCUGUGGACAGAUCUCUAGAUAUAACACCACUGAGGCUGGACCGGGUAACAUAUUUUUCAAAAUUUUCAAAGUAUAUAUUUGUUGCUUUCAGUGUGGGGAAUUUAAUAUUAAUGCCCCUUAAAAGGCUAGCUAGUAUGCUAAAAAAAAUGUAUUCUUAAAAUUUAUAAAAAUAAUCAUAUGACAGGUGUUAAACAUCUCAUUUUAGAAUUUGUUGAAAUUUUCCACGCUUAAUUUCCUACUUGUUUUUAAAAUUAUACUAUUUCAUUAAUUUAAAAUAUAUGAUUGAAAUGCACCUUAAAUUACUUACAAUUAUUGUGUCUAAAUUUUCAUUGCAAAGGAUUUAAAGUCUUUAAAAAAAAUUUUAAUGCCUCCUUAAUAUACACUGUUUCAGCUAAAUUCCCUAAAGUAUUGUAGCAUCUUACUUACUGGCUUUAUAACAUGAGAGUAAAAAACUAAAACCGCUGUGUUUUUUAUAAAUGAUACCACCAUUUUUUUCUCCUGCUUUCUUUUUUGCAGAAAAGGACGUAAUCCAUACCAUUAUGAUCAAUGAAUUGUCAGUGAGUGGCAUCAUGGUCUAUUCUUACACUCAUGCCUUCCCCAAUGCUUUGGCCGAAAUAGCACAGUGGAUCAAAGAGGUAAGAUCAUUCGUGGACACUUUCAGUGUACUGGAUACUUUUAAAGUUAAUCACAGAGAAGGAAAGUAGUAUUUCAGUCAUUUAGUUUUCAAUGACAUUUGGGUGCACCGAUUUGGAAGCUGUCUCAUCUUGGAAAUGCAGCCAGGAAUUUGAUUGACAGAGCUAAAGUAAAUUACAGGCACUUCCCUUGUAGCACAAAUCUGACGACAGUUUGGAAAUUCUUACCCUGGGGAUCUCAGUUCAGCUUGUUUUGGCCGUUUUGUCACCUUUCUCUUUGUUUUUCUAGACAACUAUAACUAAACAUAAUUACCACUGACUCCAGUCUUAUUAUUUUUUGUAUUUCAGGUACCAGCAUAAUUUUCAAAGCCUUUUAAAAUAUUAAUAAUUUACAAAAUUGGUUUGCUAUUCAGUUUAUAAUAUAACAGAGGAAGAAUUAAAAUGAUAUGAUUGAACAAAUAAACUGAAUUGGGAACAAACCAUGGGGGCUAUAAACAAAAACAGAGGGCUCACAUUUUUUACUUAUGACACACAGUAUUUUGGAAGGAACACAAAAAAAUAAUGUGUGAGGGGUAACAGUAACAGUUGUUAAAGUUGUUUGUUCUUAGUAUUCUGACUGACAAAAUUUGGAACUCAUGUGGAAAUGAGUAAUAGGCUGCCCAUUGAAAAAUAUGGUUCUUCUUCUUUUACCAUUAGUAAAACAUGUUUUUAUUUUGUCAAAUAAUUUUUGUAAAUUUUAAUUAUAGGGAAAACUCAAGCCCAAAGAAACAGUUUUUGAUGGUUUUACAAAACUGCCUGAUGCUUUUCUAGAAAUCUUCAAAGGGACAGCAUCAGGAAAACUUGUGGUUAAAGCCUAACAACACUAAAGAGUUUCUUGAGAUUGUCUUAAUUAUAUGAUAUAAAUUUUUUGCAUAUCAAUAAUCAAUUAAUUCACAGUCUAAUGAUUUUUUUAAAAUUAUGUAGUUUCUUUUUUUCUUAUACCCAGUAUUUUUUUUUAAUUUCUGGGUUCGGCUGCUGUUGUCCAACUUAGCUGGUUAUUACUUUUUUUUUUUUUUUCUUAGGUCUUACCUCCUCCCUUAGAAUUGCUUCCCUACUUGGCUAUCAAGUUUCGGCUGCUGUUGUCCAACUUAGCUGGUUAUUACUUUUUUUUUUUUUUUUUACUUAGGCCUUACCUACUCCCUUAGAAUUGCUGCCCUACUUGGCUAUCAAGUCCAAUUCACCCAGCAAUUUUGUGACCAAAGUCAAUAAAGUCUAGUUAAAUAGCUGUCACAAUUAUUUUUAAGAUAUUUACCAAUUUAAAUAGAAUAAACAAAAGUUACUCUUUAUUAAGGAACAAAUAUUCUUAAUGAAUACUAGAACAAACUGUACAUCUUUGCUAUUUCUAUCCCUAGUAGUAUUACAAUGCUAACCUUUUGUGGUCUCUGGAUUGACCUUACCUGAACCAGUCAUCUAAUUCUAGUGCACAUCACCUCAUUUGCUUUAUAUGAAGAAUGUUUCUAAAUAAACAGUGUCCCUUUUAAACCAUGGCCAAACUAGUUGUACUUACAUUGAAACAUUUACUGCCUGAUAGUUUUGUUCCCUUAACAAUGAAAGUUGGUACUGCUAUCAUUUGUUUAUCUUUAUGUAGUGAAAGUUAAAAUAAAUAGAUGUAUUUUUCUCAUGUGCAUUUCAUUUUUUACAUUGAAUCUAUAUUUGACCCACAAAAAUAUUAAAUAUCUUAAUAAUAUGAAAUAUUUGAAAAUAGGAGUGUAAUAAAAAACAUUCAUAUAUUUAUAUUUUACAAAAAUUUGAAUUUGAGGCAUAAGGUCUAUAAAUUUUAAAUGAUAUGUUACAUUUUAAGUGAUAUAUGUGUAAAAUUGGUGACGUGCAAUUUACUUAGUCAUUAUAAAUCUUUUAUGCAGAAUAGUAAUUUGCACUGUUUUAUUUUAUCAUUUUAUACAUGAAACAAAUUAUAUGUUAUUACUCAUCAUUGUCUAUCAAUUAAAUAUCAUAAGUUUUAAAGAAGUCAUCCAUUACUCAGAAAAUAUAUGUUAUUCAAAGUAUUCCGCUAUGGAAAUUAAUUGUAAAAAA